CGUAUUUUCAUUGUAUAACUGCAAUCCUCUGUUUAUAAAGUACGCCUUUUAUGCUUACCUACUUUUUAAAUAUUAUUAUGAAGACGGCUAACAUCAGCAGUCAGUGCAGGCACAACUACAGAGACGAGGCAAUGGCCAGCGAGAAAUACCAGACCAUAGUGCAGGGGGAGGCAUCAGAGACAGAUUCAGACGAAGAGGUUUACAGCACCUCCCUUCCCUCAGCUCCGCCAUCUGGCCUUAAAGUGCUGGGAGAGGCUUCCGAAACGGAUAGCGAUGAGGAGACGGAGCAAGUGACAAGUCUGGGGGUAGAGAAGGAACUCCAGCAGCCACCCCAUAAGGGCCUGCCACCACUGAGAGUAAUCAGGAGGCCUGCAGACUCCACAGCCGUCACCGAAGAAAAGCCAGCGUUGAGACUUGAACAAGGCAGCCGCCGCUGCGGCUGCACCACCUUGCUGCAGCAAAAACUGCAGGAGAGCAACUCCCACCUGUACUGCGACGUCACGACCACAGUGAAGCAGGUCUAUCAGAAUGCUUCCAGAGAGAUCCGCAUGAGUACCGACCUCCUCAACAACUCCCAGAACGGUAUCAUCAACGCUUCACACAGCGUCCGGCUCAUUCUGGAUGACCUCAAGUCUGUCUCUGAGAAAAUGGACAUCAUAACCAGCUGCAACCUGCUGCCCGAAAUUAAAACUCCCGCAAGCUCACAAGCCAAUUAAAUCAUUUGCAUGCACCAAUUGCUGUUUUAUGUUAUAAGGUCAAACAUUUGAUUUGAAAACAUGUUUGGUUAAAGCGUGACAACAGUAGUGACUCAACUAGUAAAGACCACCAUCUGACCACUUCCCGUUUGAUUUGCCAUUGCUGAUGCACUCUGAUGACCAGUGUGUUGGAGAAGCCUACCUACAUGACUACCUUUGCUACUGUCCCACCUACUUUCCCCAUUUCUGGUAGGCUGUUUGCAAUUGUGUUGCAGGAAUCCCAUCAAGAGAUCAAUCUCUAGUCUGUAAUCUCUAAUUUAGGGCAAUGUCAAAUCCAAUUUGGUAGACGGGUCCAGUAAACGUGAAAAAAACAUGUAUGUGGUACGUUAUAUUUAUACUUAAAAUGUACUAUUAAAAAGUUGUUGUUUUUUUUUUUUUAAAUAUGCAGUUUACUGUUUUUAUUUGAUGUUACCCUUUAUGGAAUAUCUAAGUGAUAACUAUUGGACACAUCAAGUGUACGAGGAGAUAACAGGCUUCCAAGUGGGGAAAAUAAAUCAGGAGGCAGGUAUAGUUUUUAGCAAGGUACACAGUUGUCUGUAGUUUCAAUCAAUGUGCCUUGAAGUUAUAGCUGGUUUGGCUUUUACAUUUUUAAACCAACAUGAAGAAGGUUUGGAUACAGCAUUGAAAUAGGUGGUAGCUAACAAAGGGAAGGGAAAUGCAUAUUAAAACCUUCAGGACUACAAAGAAAUAAUUGAGAUUAAUUUGUUCUGUAGGCAUGUCAUUUGACUAAUAAAUAAUGUAUUUGCCAUUCCUCGAAUUAAAGAGAAAUGCAUUCUCUGUUACUAUA